CAUUUAUAAGUUCAGAUUAGAAAUUUAAAUUCGCCCACCUUAUUAACAAUCGUCAACUAACGGAACCUUCAUUAGCAUUUGAAUAAAAGUCAGUUGUUUUUACAACAAUUUUCAUUCCUUCAACCAACUGUGUGUUAGAAUGAUGAUCGAAAGAACUACAAUCGCAGCCAUUUUGUUCUUGUCAAGCUGUCAUGGCUCGUCAAUAUUUGAAAGGACCUUUAAUCUCCUGCAUCAGGAACCUCCACCACCACCGGCAACCAGUCGAUUUGACGUCGCUACACGUUGGAUCGAACAGAAAUUGGAUCAGUUCAACGAGAGCGAUACGAGGACAUGGAAAAUGAGAUAUAUGGCGAAUGAACAGUACUUCGAAGAGGGAGGACCGUUAUUCAUAUUUGUUGGCGGAGAAUGGGCAAUUUCAAGUGGCUAUUUGACAGGAGGACACAUGCAUGAUAUGGCAAAGGAACAUAAGGGAUAUCUUUUUUACACCGAACAUAGAUACUAUGGACAAAGUAGACCAACAAGCGAUCUUCAAACGGAAAAUCUUCAAUAUCUAAAUGUCAAACAAGCUUUGGCUGAUUUAGCACAUUUUAUUCGAACUGUCAAAUCAACAACCCCGGGAAUGGAAAAUUCAAAAGUUAUUUUGACAGGAGGUUCCUACUCAGCGACAAUGGUGACAUGGUUUAAACGUUUGUAUCCGGAUUUGAUAGUGGGAGCUUGGUCAUCAAGUGCACCACUUUUUGCAAAGCCUGACUUUGUUGAGUAUAAAGAGGUUACUGGACGAUCAAUUAAACUAGUCGGUGGAGAAGAUUGUUAUAAUCGAAUCAAAAAUGGUAUCGAAUCCAUUGAGCAAAUGUUAACCGACAAUCGGGCUGCAGAAAUGAGAAGCCUUCUUAAGAUAUGUGAUAAUUUUGACGAAAACAAUGAUUUAGACGUUUGGACUUUCUUUAGUCAAAUUUCGGAUGUAUUUGCUGGAGUUGUUCAAACUCAUAGUAAAGGGAGUAUUGAAGGAACUUGUAAAAGAAUAAUGGAAGGUGAAGAUGAUUUGACAGGUAUGUCAAACUUCAUAGCUUCUUUUAGUGGAUCUUCAAAUUGUUCAGAAGUUUCAUAUAAAGACAUGAUAUCUGAUCUGAAAAAGGCUGACAACAAUCCUAAUAAGAUGUAUCGACAAUGGUUUUAUCAAACAUGCAAUGAAUAUGGAUGGUAUCAAACUUCUGGUUCUACAGCUCAACCUUUUGGAAAGAAAUUUCCUUUAGAUCUUUACGUGAAUGCUUGCCAUGAUAUUUACGGUGAACAGUUUAAUAAUAAAACUAUGCAUGAAAAUGCAGAGAAAACAAAUGAAUUUUUCGGUGGUCUUAACCCCGGGGUGGAAAAUGUUUAUAUAACUCAUGGUGAAUUGGAUCCAUGGCAUGCUAUGGGAAUAACUGAUAGUGAUAAGGCUACAAUGAUACCAUUACAUGCACAUUGCAAGGACUUUGGUUCAAUCAAGUCAACUGAUACAGAAGAAAUGAAAGCAUCAAAGGAAAAAAUUGCAGAAUUAGUACGCAGUUGGUUGAAGCCUGAAUCUUCAUAAUAACCAAUUGUAGAUUUUUAAUUUUUUUCAUAAAAAG